CUUUACAUUACUCGCGCGCUCUGUUAUUCAAACCAACCAGCCAGCCAGCCAGCCAACCAACCAUACACACAGAGUAUCUUGUGGAUGAAACGAAUUCAAAUUCAGUUUUGUGUUAUUCGUCGGUACGUUUGGACGCGUAAAAACAAUCCGUACCACAUAGUAUGUAACGCGCGUUUUUCUUUCACAAAAGGAAGGAAAUCAAAGAAAAAAAAAUCCCAUUGGAAAAAAAAUUGUUCACAUAUAAAAGCAAAAAUUAAAAAAUUAAAUUAAAAAUAAAUAAAGGAAAAAUUAUUCUAACCAAAUGAAAUCAAUUGAAAUAAUAAAAUGUGAAGAAAGUUUACAGUGAAAAUAUCCCCACGAAACGAAAUCGAAAAUGCAGCGAAAAAUAUAAAUAGCAAUACAAAAAGUGUUGUCGUCUUGUGUAGCGAAAAAAAAAAAAUAAAUAAAAACCCGAAGUAAAAUUUGCAAAACAAUACGUUUACCUUCUAUUCGAAUGUGCAAAACCUUGGAUUACCCGAAUGGAUAUUGAAUUUGAAAGGAGAAGUAGUGCUGCUCUCAAGUACGCCUUGCUGACGCAAAACCCUUAAACCGGGAAUAACUUACUGCGGUGACCAAAAAAAAAAAAAAAAAAAAAAAGAAUCUUGGCAAAUUGUGUUCGGCGGAAACCAAACAAAUCGUCGUCACGGAAGCUGAGUUUAUUUUGGAGAGCACCUUAAAUCAUCAUCGUUGCUUUGCUUUGCCAACUACCAACCAAAUGAGCGGUGAGCGAGCAAAUGUUGCAGCAUCAAACGAAUAACAACCAAAUGUAUGUAUUUGGUUAAUGCACACAACUACUCAUAAAAUGGCAACUACGUAGAGUUUUUGUAACGGAAAACUAUUUUUGAAAAAUUAAAUACUUAAAUACUCCACACAAAAAUGAUACAGGUCAACAACGGAACUGGUGAACAAAUGUCGAUUUUAUUUAAUAAUAAUUAAUUGGCAAAACAAACAUCCGCACGUAGCCUACAAAAACAGGAUAUUUGUUUUAAAUUUCAAAAAGAACGAACCAAGUAGAGUGUACGCACAAGCAAACGUGAGCGUGAGUGUAUUGUAAUUCGAAUUAAUUUUGAAGCACAUUUUGCGCUGGACACAGCGCAAAAAUGUUGCACUAUUUUCAAUGCACUCCAAACGAAACGGGUUUCCAUGUGCAACAAACAACGACUACGCGACACAUGAACAAAUAAUGGAAAUAAAAAAUACUUAAACAAUUUCACGACGACGACUACGACUACGACGACAAAAAUUAUUCGAAGAGAUUUAUGGUCAUUAAUAUUAAUAAUAAGCCGCAAGUUUGAAAAAAAAAAAACGCGUGGCGCAUAGCAGCCAGUUGUUGUUAUUAAGUGUUUCUACUCAAUAGCAACCGAAAUAACAACAACAGCAGCAACAAAACGAAUAAAAAAGAACAAUAAUUACUUUUUAUUGUAUUUACACAUGCAAUAAACAGCGACCAUAAUAAUCAACAAUCAACAGCAAACGAACACAAAAUAAAAGCGCCACAAAGCAACAUUGGGCGCAUAAAAAAGAGGAAAGCAACGAUCCGCUCCCAUAUAAACAAAUAAGCAAAACGACACACACACACAAAUACAUAAACAUACUUUUUUAUGAAUCCUCUGCAUAUUUAUCUUUUAAACAUAUGAAAUACAAUUCUGGAACAUAAAAAGGAAAAAAACAAUAACAACAAAAGCAACAAACCAAAGAGAACAACAAACAAACAAAAACUACCAAUCACAAAUAGCAUGCUUAUAGGCAAAGAACAACAUCAAUAAAAUCGCAAAAAAAAAAACAAAAAUAAACGGUCUGCAGUUGCUGUCGUCUGCCAUUGGCGAUUUUCCUAUUUUCCAACGAGUCGAACGAACGCAAAACGAACAACAGAAAACAUUUCCAACAUGACUAUGAAAUCAAUGAAAUAUUCCGAUUGUGAUACAAUUAUGGAUGGUUAUAAUCCAGUACCACCGCCAUUGCCGCGUCGCGUACCGCCACUACCGCGUAACAUAUACGCUGAACCAUUUGCCCAUGAGCCGAAUCACUCCAGCAGGUAUGUUUCAACCAUACACAGCACUAUUGAUCAAAAUCAAUAUCACACAUUGGGUCCCAUUCCCGGCACCUUACAUCAACAACAAAUGCCACAAAGUAUGUCAACGGGUAAUAAUACAAUUGGUGGUCAUGGCGGUCAUGAUCGUGGUGGCGGGGGUGGAGGCGGCGGCGGUGGCAGCAUUGGCGGCGGUGGCGUUAUACCUGGCGGCACAAUGAACGGACCCAAUGGACCACAUUGCCAGAUGAGCGGUUCACAGCCAUUGGUUAUGCCCGCAUUUCCAUUGCGUAAUUCACAUUCUGCACAUGCACCACACUAUUCACCCUACUCACCUUCCAGGUUUCACAUAGAUAAGCGUUGUCAACACCGUUGUUCCUGGAAAUGUUUGAGUAUCGCCUUAAUUCUAAUAUCAGUCGUCCUAACAGCCAUGUUGGCAUAUUUUGCAGCUGUAAGCUCUAUGAAACCCAACAUGGAUACCACAAAUUGUAUCCUAGUCCAAGAUGUUAAAUCACAGCCCCAUGAUUUACACGGCAAUGCAAAAACAAACAUCCUCAACGGCAAUAGUCUACAACCAACGGCAUAUCCCACAGAAGAAUCAAUACAGACCAGUACCCUCGAUCAUAGUUCCAGCAUUGGUUUGGGCGGCAUUGCGGGCGGUUUCCAGAAUUUGGCUCCCUCGUUGCAGUUGCAACACCAACAACAGCUCUUGCUGCAGCAACAGCAACCGCACUCCAUCAAUCAGCAAAUUGGUGGCGGGCUGGGCAUUAACAGCAACAUAAUGUUGGGUCAAGAUGCCACCUUGCCGCAUCUGCAGGACCAAUCGUACACCGCUCAGCAACAACAGCAGCAGCAUCAUCAACCCCUCUUGAAGUGGCCACAGGUAGUCGAGCUAAAGGAUUUCAACGAAUUGUAUCAUGCAAAUAUUCCGGCAUAUCAAUUCUGGACACUGGAAUUCCGUAACAAACAUCCCGCUUUUGUGCGCUUCAAUUUCACCCUGCCCUGGGGGGCAAAUUUCGCCGUUUAUUCGCGUCGCAAUGUGGCACCAUCUGUAACACAAUAUGAUUUUGUUGAAUUUAUCAAAGGCGGUCGUGUCGAUAGUCAUUUAAGGCAUCGACGCAGUGUUCGGUCCGCGGCAAAUGAUAGCAUUUAUGCUGCUCGGCACAAGGAUCUGGAGAAUGAGAACGGUGAUUUGUCAAUGGAAACAUCCGCAGAACAAUUGCAACGUUUGUCAGCGCCAAGGCGACAUUACUUUAAUGAUGAUGGCGGCAAUGGUUUCGAUUCCAAUGAGAAUGGCUAUGAUGAUGAUGACAAUGACAACGACGACGACGAUUCAUUUGAAUCGUCCUCAUCGUCAUUUGAAUAUGCGGGAGAUGUGGAAACACCGCUGGACACGGGUAAACAAUAUGCCCAACGUUUAAGAUAUCGCCAGCAUCGUGAUAAACGUUCCGCGGCCGGCAUGGAUGGUGGUCUGCCGGCAUUGGAUAUGGACACAAUGAUGGUGAAUGUCUCACUUUUACAAUAUUUGGACACCGGCUUAUGGUUUAUAUCCGUUUACAAUGAUGAAUUGGUCUCGCAUUCGGUAACGUUGAUUGUCGAAGAAGCCGAGGGCGUUAGCACCACUUGCCCCAAUGAUUGUUCCGGCCGUGGCAGUUGCUAUUUGGGUAAAUGCGAUUGCAUUGAUGGCUAUCAGGGUGUUGACUGUUCGAAAAGCGUUUGUCCAGUAUUGUGCUCAGCCCAUGGCCACUAUGGUGGCGGUGUGUGCCACUGUGAGGAGGGCUGGAAAGGUUCUGAAUGCGAUAUCCCGGUGGGUGAAUGUGAAGUGCCGAAUUGCUCGAGUCAUGGCCGUUGCAUUGAAGGUGAAUGCCACUGUGAACGUGGUUGGAAGGGACCUUUUUGUGAUCAACAUGAUUGCCUGGAUCCUUUGUGUUCAAGUCAUGGUACAUGUGUGGCUGGCCAGUGCUAUUGUAAGGCCGGCUGGCAAGGUGAAGAUUGUGGCACCAUUGAUCAGCAGGUUUAUCAAUGUUUGCCGGGCUGCUCGGAGCAUGGUACUUAUGAUUUAGAAACUGGCCAAUGUGUAUGUGAACGUCACUGGACCGGACCGGAUUGCUCGCAAGCUGUUUGCAGUUUAGAUUGCGGUCCCAAUGGCGUUUGUGAGUCUGGCAAGUGUCGUUGCAAUCCUGGUUGGACCGGAAAUCUAUGUGAUCAAUUGCCCUGUGAUGCCCGCUGUUCAGAGCAUGGACAAUGUAAAAAUGGCACCUGUGUUUGUUCCCAAGGAUGGAAUGGAAGACAUUGCACAUUGCCUGGUUGUGAAAAUGGUUGUUCACGUCAUGGUCAAUGCACUUUGGAAAAUGGUGAAUAUCGUUGUGAUUGCAUUGAAGGAUGGGCUGGUUCGGAUUGUUCCAUUGCCUUGGAAAUGAAUUGCAAGGAUAAUAUCGAUAAUGAUGGUGACGGUAUGACUGAUUGUUCCGACAGUGAGUGUUGUUCGCAUCCAGCCUGUUCCGAGCAUAUUAUGUGUUUAUCCUCAAAUGAUCCGGUUGAGGUGCUGUUACGUAAACAGCCACCCUCGGUGACGGCAUCAUUCUAUCAACGUGUCAAAUUUUUGAUUGAAGAGAAUUCGGUGCAAUCAUAUGCCCACAUGGAUGAGUACAGUGAAAACCGGGUAUCUGUGAUGCGUGGUCAAGUUAUAACACCCCAAGGCUUGGGCAUUGUUGGCAUUCGUGUAUCCGUGGAUCGUGAUUCCAGAUUUGGUUUUACCCUAACACGACAGGGUGGAUGGUUCGAUGUUUUGGUCAAUGGUGGUGGUGCUGUUACCUUGCAAUUCCAACGUUCACCAUUCCGUCCAUUAACACGCACCGUAUUUGUGCCAUGGAAUCGUAUUGUGGUUUUGCCUCCCGUGCAAAUGCAGCUUAGCGAUGAAGAUGAUAGUGCCAAUAGAAAUAUUAAAGUGGCUCCCUUAAAUCCAGCCUUGACCUUCCUCAAUUCCAUUCUAUAUCAUUUCUCGGAUGAGCCCACAACGGAUGCCCAUAAACUGUGCAUGGAACAUGAUCAUGAAGAGCUGAAGCCACAAUUGAUAAGUACAUGGAUGCCAAAUGGCAUUGGAGCAAUGCCCGGUAAACGUGUCAUAUUCGCCGAGACCCAGAUUGUUCAAGAGUCUAUACAAAUUCCCGGUUCCGAUUUGCAUUUAACAUAUCAAUCCUCGCAAGCAUCGGGCUAUUUGAGUAUAGUUCGUAUGCGUUUGACGUCGGAGAAGAUACCCAAGACACUGACCCAUGUUCAUGUGGGUGUUGAAAUCGAAGGUUCUUUACAUAUCAAGACAUAUGAGGCUGAUCCAAAUUUGAUACACACAUUUGCCUGGAAUAAACGCAACGUUUAUAGGCAAAAGGUCUACGGUGUUACCAUUGCCCGCAUAUCGGUGGGUUAUCAACAUUCCACAUGCGACACUCCGGUAUGGAUCACCCAAACUGCCAAGUUACAAGGUUAUGAUGUCGAUAUUUCCGAUAUUGGUGGUUGGGGUUUGGAUAUCCAUCAUCAUUAUAAUUUCCAUGAGGGCAUUUUACAGAAGGGUGAUGGCAGUACAUUGCACAUGAAAGAAUAUCCUCGCACGGUAAAAGUGGUGAUGGGAACUGGUCUACAGAGGCCGCUGAAUUGCCCAGAUCAUUGUAAUGGUAUUGCCAAGGAUGCGAAACUUUUGACACCCAUUGCAUUGGCAUCGGGUCCCGAUGGUAGUCUCUAUGUGGGCGAUUUCAAUUUGGUGCGUCGCAUUACCCCCGAUGGCAAAGUUUAUACCAUUCUACAGCUGAGUGCCACCCAAGUGUCAUAUCAAUAUUAUUUGGCUGUCUCACCGGCUGAUGGACAUUUAUAUAUCUCCGAUCCGGAAAGACAUCAAAUUCUACGUUUAUUGCGUUUGGAAAAAGUCAAAGAUCCCGCCAUCAACAGUGAACCAGUUGUGGGUUCCGGACAACGUUGCAUACCCGGUGAUGAGGGUAAUUGUGGUGAUGGUGGUCCAGCUUUACAGGCCAGACUUUCACAUCCCAAAGGUUUGGCCAUUGCCGCUGAUCGCACUAUGUACAUUGCUGAUGGCACCAAUAUUCGAGCUGUGGAUCCUAAGGGUAUCAUACACACACUGAUUGGACAUCAUGGUCACCACAAUCACUGGAGUCCGGCACCAUGUACCGGUACCCUUAUGGCUAAUCAGGCACAAUUACAAUGGCCCACCGGUUUGGCUUUGAGUCCGCUGGAUGGUUCUCUACAUUUCAUCGAUGAUCGUUUGGUGUUGCGCCUAACAUCGGACAUGAAGAUACGCGUCGUGGCUGGUACACCUCUGCAUUGCAACAACAAUGGUCAGGAUAAAUCGAAUAAAACGGCUGAUAAUGUUUUGGGCACCGUAUUGGCCAUGGCUUUCUCACCAUUUGGAGAUCUCUAUAUUGCCGAUAGUGAUUCGCGACGUAUUAAUUCGAUACGUGUUGUUGAUACAUCUGGAAAUAUGCGUUAUUUUGCUGGCAAACAAGAGAAUACGGGAGCCUUAACAUGUGACUGCACAAAUGGUGCUGGCCUCAAUGCUUCGACAUCCGGCUUUAAUUCAAAUAACCCUGGUGGCAACUCCUAUUCAACGACCAGCAAUCCCACAAAUCGCAACAAUGGUGCUGGUGGCGGCAGUGGUGGCACCACGCCCACUACACCAGCCGGCAGCGGAAACGGAAAUGGCGGUUUCAAUGGCAAUUCGGCGUCUAGUGCGGCCACUGGCAGCAAUGGCGGUUGCAUUUGUUCGCCUACUUCAGGAUUAGCUGGCAUUGUGGCUGGUAAUCUUAUGUCAACUGGUCCCACAACAACUACCACUGUAUUGCUGGGUGCCAAAACAACAACAUCUGCCGGUGGUCUGGGCGCUAUAUUGGGUUCGGCGGGUACCCUUAACGAUGAUGGUACACUGAGUAAUGCUGAGACACUGUUGUCGUCGAAUGCCCGUUUCCAGGCAAUAUCUGCCAUAGCGGUUGCCCAGGAUGGUGUAAUUAAUGUGGCCGAUCAAGGAUCUCUACACGUUUUGGCCUUGGAACACUACCUACCUUCGCACGAUGAAAACGGUGAAUUCCACAUACCCUAUCCACCUUCAAGUGAGGUCUAUGUCUUCAAUCGUUACGGGCAACAUGUUACCACCAAAGAUUUAACCUCCGGCAAGACACGUUACAGUUUCCUAUAUUCGAAAAAUACCUCCUUUGGCCGUUUGUCCACAGUCACCGAUGCAUCGGGUAAUAAGAUACAAUUCCUGCGAGACUACAGCAAUGUGGUGAGCUCAAUUGAAAAUACCCAAGAUCACAAGUCAGAUAUUCAAAUCAAUGGCAUUGGCAUUAUGACCAAACUAACCGAAAAGGGAAGACAAGAAAUCGAAUUGGAUUAUGACAGCAAUACGGGUCUGUUGAACUCUCGCUCGUCGGGUGGUGAAACCUACAUCUAUCAAUAUGAUGAAUUUGGACGUGUCACUGGAAUGAUUCUGCCAAGUGGUGAAAUUGUACGGAUCACUUCGCAAUUGGCUGAUAACAAGGGUUUGACCGUGUAUGUCCAUGCUUCGGUUGAGUCGUUGUUCUCUCGAGAGAAAGGUGAUACCAAUGAAUUAUUGGUCUUGGGCGGUGUCCGUUCGACAUUCAUGAAGAAGGGCCAGGAGAAUGCCGAUGCUGAAAUUAAGCCAAACAAUACCUUGGUUAUACACAGUUCAAAUGGUGUUGUCGUGGAAUCUUCGGCAGUGGCUCGCCAUCCUCUGUUGGAAGCGGCUUUGCCGGUGGAAGCUGAAAUGUUGGCCAUGUGGUCGCAUCAAAGUGUUACCAUGGGUGAGGGCUUGACAAACAACAUGUAUUCCGUUUAUAACCUGGUAGGCGAUGUACGCAACCCCCAACAGACCUUGAAUCGUGAGAUAUGGGUCAACCAAUCGCGUGUCAUUGGUGUGGAAUUUGAUCAAUUUACAAACCGUGAGACAUUCUAUGAUAUGAACCGCACUCCCAUACUCAUUGUGGGUUAUGAUCAAUCCGGCCUGCCCAAAUCCUAUUAUCCCACCAAUGGUUAUCCCGUCAACUUGACCUAUGAUCGUUUCAAUCGCAUUGAUGGCUGGGCAUGGGGUCCGGCAGAAAUUAAAUAUUCCUAUGAUCGUCAUGGUUUGCUGUCGGAAAUCACCUCCCAACAGGAUGGCAUAAUCUCAUUUAUCUACAAUGACUGGAAUCUGCUGUCGGAAAUCGGUUUGGCAUCUCAGCGUAAAUUCGUCCUGCAAUAUGAUGAAUCUGGUGGCCUGAGACAUGUGGUGCUACCUUCGGGCACCAAACAUUCGUUCAGCAUGCAGACAUCAAUAGGUUUUAUACGCAGCACCUAUACGGCACCUGGUAGCACAAAACCCUAUCUGCAACACUUCAGCCACUCGGGAGCAUUGCUGCAGACAAUUUUCCCAGGUGAUGGCGCCCGAAUUCUUUAUCGUUACAAUGCAGCUGGCCAGUUGACGGAAAUUGUUCACGGCGAAGGCAAAAGUGAAUUUAUUUACAACGACGCCACCGCCAUGCCUUCCACGGUGUCGCACACGGAACGUGAGUUGGAAUAUCGUUGGGAUUUCGAGUACACCGGAGGCCUCCUGACCGAGGAGAGAAUUGACUUUGUGGCCAAGACGGGCUUGAGUAAUGCCAAGUUUACCUAUGAAUAUGAUACCGAUUUCCGGGUGAUAUCCAUACAAGGACGUAUUGGAGGACAAAAUUUGCCAGCACAAAAUUUCGCCUAUGACCAACGUACGGGUCAACCAAGCAUGAUUGGGUUAUUCAAGUUGAUGCAUCCGAUGCUGAAUCAAACCCAGGUUUAUGAUGGUACCGCCAGCUUUACACGCACCGUUGAUGGUCGUUUUAUGGUGCAAAAGGUUGCCUUGUCGAUUCAUCGUUUAGAAGUUUUCCGCAUGGAAUAUUCAUUUGGUGUCCAUGGACGCAUUACACAGACACGAACCUAUACACGCAACAUGGCGGUGAACACCUAUACCAAUGUUAAGAAUUACACCUGGGAUUGUGAUGGCCAACUGGUGGGUGUUGAGGCCCAGGAGCCAUGGGGCUUCCGUUAUGACGACAAUGGCAAUUUGUUGUCUCUGACCUAUCGUGGCAAUACCAUACCCAUGGAAUACAAUAAUCAAGAUCGUAUUGUGAAAUUCGGCGAGGGACAAUACAAGUAUGAUUCUCGAGGUUUGGUGGCCCAGAAUGCCAGGGAGGAGAGAUUCUAUUACAAUACCCAAGGAUUGUUGGUGCGUGCAACUAAGCGAGGACGUUUCGAUGUACGCUAUUACUAUGACCACAUGAAACGUUUAACCACACGCAAGGACAACUUUGGAAACGUUACCCAGUUCUUCUACAACAAUCAGCAGAGGCCAUUUGAAGUUUCCCAAAUCUAUUCGCCCCGCGAUGGUAAACUGAUGUCAUUGACCUAUGACGAUAUUGGCCAUUUGAUUUAUGCCCAAGUUUUCCGACACAAGUACUAUGUGGCCACAGAUCAGUCGGGAACGCCCAUCAUGAUUUUCAAUCAAUAUGGUGAGGGUAUUCGGGAGAUAAUGCGCUCACCCUUCGGCCACAUUGUCUACGAUUCGAAUCCCUAUUUGUAUUUGCCAAUUGAUUUUUGUGGUGGCAUAUUGGAUCAGGUGACCACACUGGUGCAUAUGGCAGAUGGUAGGGUUUAUGAUCCCCUGAUUGGCCAGUGGAUGACACCGAACUGGGAGAAUGUUGCCGAACGCAUACCAACACCCACCAAAAUGCAUUUGUAUCGUUUCAAUGGCAAUGAUCCCAUCAAUGUGGGCCAUGAUCGCAACUAUCCGGCCUCAUUUACCGCCUGGAUGAAGACCAUUGGCUAUAAUGUGGAGAAUUUGGUGCCUCAGCUGAGUCGUAAAUUGUGGGAGCAGCCUUCAUUGUGGGGUAGGGCUCCACACAAUCCCAUUGCCAUGGAUUUGAAGAGACCCAUGUACAAUGUGCCCACCAUGGCUGUGGAAAGUGGUUUCUUGGCCCACUUGAACAUAAGACGCAUGUCGAACUUUGAAGACUUAAAUGCGCCGCCACGAUCUGCCUUGAAAUAUGAUGUCAUGACACCGGGUCCCAGGAAUAUUGGUUCGGAUACCGAACCACCAUUUGGCAAAGGAAUUGUGGUGUCUCGGACACCCGAUGGCCAGGCAAUUGUGUCCAGUGUACCAGCCGCGAAUGCCAUUUACAGAGAUGUCUAUACCUCGGUGUUUAAUCGCUCCAAAUUAUUGCCCUUCACAUUUGUGGUGCACAAUGCCCAGCAGGACUCCUUCUUCUUUGUGAAGGAGGAACUGUGGCGGGCCAGUGAAGAUCGCCAGCAACUGAAACGGUUACAGGGUCAGGUGAAUACCACCUUCCAUGAAAUAACAAGAGAAAAUGGUAGCGGUACCAAUUACUUGGAUGUGAAGAUCCAUGGUCUGCAUGCCAUAAUCAAUUUACGUUACGGCACAACCGUGGAGAAAGAGAAGCAAAGGCUGAUGCAUCAUGCCAAGCUGACAGCGGUGCGUAAGGCUUGGCAUCGGGAGAAGGAGGCCUUGCGAAAUGGCCUUAACACAGAAAUAGAAUGGAAUCAACAGGAAAUCGAUGAAAUACUGAAACAAAACUAUGCCAAUAACUAUGAGGGAGAAUAUAUACACGACGUUACAUUAUAUCCGGAAUUGGCCGAAGAUCCGUACAACAUUAAAUUUGUCAAGAGAAAAGGAGCCACGGGCGGUGCAGCCGGUGUGCCCAAUAGCCGGAAACGAAGAAGAAGAAGUAUUCGAGAAAAUCCAUUGGAUAAAAUGACCCUCGAAACAGAUAAACUACUACUAAGACAUGAUCCCCGACAGCAAGAACAACACGAAGAAGAAGAACAUUUAUUAUUAAGUGAGGCAGACAAGGAAAAACCAGAGAUUAGUAAUGAUGAUGUCAGGCGGACAACGACUGAAGACGAUUGUUCGCUGCAUCAUAAAUGUUAGCUUAAAUUUUAAAUUUAUAUAACAAUAAAUUAAAAUAAUUAAAACUAAAAAAUAAUAAUAAAAAUAAAUACACAAAAAUUGCAUAGGAACCACACACACACACAAACAUUUCUGUUAUAUACUAUAAAUAUAAAUAAUUAUAAAUAUAAAAGAAAAACACUCAGAAAAAAACACAAUUUAGUUAAGUUUUCAAAGAGAAAUAAAACAAAACAAAAAAGAUAUAUGAUAAGAAAAAUUAUAAUUUCCAAACAAAAAAAAAAAAAAGAAGAACUGCAAAAACUCUAAACCAGCCACUUAGCGGCCCCAAAUUGGGGGCAAAUAUCCAUUUUUUAUUAUUAUUAAAUAUUUAUGAUUGUUUAUAAAUAUUAUUAAUUUUUCCAAAAACAAAAUGAAAGAAACUAUGAGGAAACAAAAUUCUCUUUAAUUUUGUAUGUGUACAGUAGUGAAUAAAAAUAAUUAAUUAUAAAAAUAAAAUUAUAUAUAAAGAAAAAAACCGAACUACAACUAAGAUAUUUAUUUACCCCCUAAAAAUAAAAGAAUUUAGUAAAUAAGUUGAGAAUUUAUAAAAAGAAAUGCAAAAAAAAACAAGAAAAA